UAUAUGCUUUCUAUAUAUUUCCUGACGACCUGGCCCUGACAGCGCGAUGUACAAUACGGUGUGGAGUAUGGACCGCGAUGACGCAGACUGGAGGGAGGUGAUGAUGCCCUAUUCUACAGAACUGAUCUUUUAUAUUGAAAUGGAUCCUCCAGCUCUUCCACCAAAGCCACCUAAACCAUUGACUUCAGCAGUUACAAAUGGCAUGAAGGACAAUUUCAUUUCUCUUCAAGAUGCAGAAUGGUACUGGGGAGAUAUUUCCAGGGAAGAGGUAAAUGACAAAUUACGGGAUAUGCCAGAUGGUACCUUCUUAGUUCGUGAUGCCUCAACAAAAAUGCAGGGGGACUACACCUUGACCUUGAGGAAGGGAGGAAAUAAUAAACUAAUAAAGAUCUAUCAUCGGGAUGGUAAAUACGGCUUUUCUGACCCCUUGACAUUUAAUUCUGUGGUGGAGCUCAUUAACCACUAUCAUCAUGAGUCACUUGCUCAGUACAAUCCCAAACUGGAUGUGAAGCUGAUGUACCCAGUGUCCAGACACCAGCAGGAUCAGUUGGUAAAAGAAGACAACAUUGAUGCAGUAGGUAAAAACCUGCAAGAGUUCCACUCUCAGUAUCAGGAGAAGAGCAGAGAGUACGACCGGCUGUAUGAAGAGUACACCAGGACGUCCCAGGAGAUACAGAUGAAGAGGACUGCAAUUGAAGCCUUUAACGAAACAAUUAAAAUAUUUGAGGAGCAGUGUCAUACCCAAGAACAACACAGUAAAGAAUAUAUUGAGCGAUUUCGUCGAGAGGGGAAUGAAAAGGAGAUUGAACGGAUUAUGAUGAAUUACGAUAAAUUGAAGUCACGUCUUGGUGAGAUUCAUGAUAGCAAAGUGCGUCUAGAGCAGGAUUUGAAGAAACAAGCUUUGGACAACCGGGAAAUAGAUAAAAAAAUGAAUAGCAUCAAACCUGAUCUGAUCCAGCUGCGUAAGAUCCGAGAUCAGCACCUUGUAUGGCUCAGUCACAAAGGAGUGAGGCAGAAGCGCCUGAAUGCCUGGCUGGGGAUCAAGAGUGAGGAUGCUGAAAGCUAUUUUAUCAAUGAGGAAGAUGAGAACCUGCCGCAUUAUGAUGAGAAAACCUGGUUUGUGGAGGAUAUCAACCGAGUACAAGCAGAGGACUUGCUUUAUGGGAAACCAGAUGGUGCAUUCUUAAUUCGUGAGAGCAGCAAGAAAGGAUGUUACGCUUGUUCUGUUGUUGCGGAUGGAGAAGUGAAGCACUGUGUGAUCUACAGCACCGCUCGAGGAUACGGCUUUGCAGAACCCUACAACCUGUACAGCUCGCUGAAGGAGCUGGUACUCCAUUACCAACAGACGUCCCUGGUUCAGCACAAUGACUCCCUCAACGUCAGGCUCGCCUACCCUGUUCACGCACAGAUGCCCUCGCUCUGCAGAUAAGCAGAGUGGCAGAGACACGCUCUCUAGCAGUUUUUGCCUAAGGUGUUUAUUAGACUACGAUGAGGGCAUUCUUUCUACGGAGACUGCUUGUUUUGCACAAGUGAUUCUGUGAAUGUGAGGUGGAGAGGCCAAGCAGUAGCUGGCCACUUGCCCAGGGUCUCUGGACUCAGUUGUGCUGCUGCACUGACGUACUAAGCUGGAAGCAGAUACUGGUUUCAUGGGGGUUUGGUUUUGUUGUCAGGCACCUUUAAAAGAGCAGUUAACUUGGUGGGGGUGGGGCGGGGCUUUCACAUGGAAGCUUCUGAAGAGGCCAUGUCCUCUUGUCUUCAACUCUGAGAAUGUAGUAGGUCAUGGUUCUGUUGGGAGCUGUUUUGCUUCAAU